GUGAUGAAGCUGCGGAAGCUGGCCCAGCAGGUCGCGAACUGCCGGCAGUGCCUCGAGCGCUCCACAGUCCUCNCGAGAGCGGCGACGCACACCCUGGUGCGUAUUGAUGGUCUCUUCCUUUCUUUCAGGGUCGCCAUGGCAACUGCAUCCUCGCAAGUUCUGAUACCAGAUAUCAAUUUUAAUGAUGCCUUUGAAAACUUUGCUUUAGAUUUUUCCAGAGAGAAGAAGCUGCUGGAGGGGCUGGAUUAUCUAACUGCGCCGAACCCUCCGUCCGUCCGCGAGGAGCUGUGCACGGCCUCCCACGACACCAUCACCGUCCACUGGAUCUCGGAGGACGAGUUCAGCGUGAGCUCCUACGAGCUGCAGUACACCAUCUUCACCGGCCAGGCCAACUUCAUCAGUCUCUACAACUCCAUGGACAGCUGGAUGAUCGUCCCCAACAUCAGUCAGCCUUUUAAGCUGGACCCCAAGAUGGCUCACAAGAAGUUGAAGAUCUCCAACGACGGGCUGCAGAUGGAGAAGGACGAGAGCUCCUUGAAGAAGAGCCACACCAUCGACAGCGGCUGUCACUACUGGGAGGUGGUGGUGGGAUCCUCGACCUGGUACGCCAUCGGCGUGGCGUACAAGUCGGCCCCCAAGAACGAGUGGAUCGGGAAGAACUCCUCCUCUUGGGUCUUCUCCCGCUGCAACAACAACUUCGUGGUGAGGCACAACAACAAGGAGAUGCUGGUGGAGGUCCACCCGCAGAUGAAGCGCCUCGGCGUCCUCCUGGAUUACGACAACAACGCCCUCUCCUUCUACGACCCGGCCAACUCCCUCCACCUCCACACGUUCGAAGUCUCCUUCAUCCUCCCCGUGUGUCCGACCUUCACCAUCUGGAACAAAUCCUUGAUGAUCCUCUCGGGUCUGCCCGCCCCGGACUUCAUAGAUUAUCCCGAGCAGCAGGAGUGUAACUGCAGGCCCCAGGAGUCGCCGUACGUGUCAGGGAUGAAAGCCUGUCACUAG